UGAUAUAAGUGCCUCAAGCUGAAUUGGCCGAAAGGGUUCGGUCUCCUUCUCGUUUUAACCCAAAACCAUGAGGACCCAUCCAAUAUGUCAUAGGCUCAUAGCUGACGAAUGACGAUGGACAGCGGAAACAGAGAAAAGAUCAGGUGAAAUUUCGUCGGAUUCAAUCGUCGGAGCUUCAAUCCUAGCUUGAAAUUCCAAAUUUCGUCAGAGCCAUGUCUCGAGCUCGAGUAUACGCAGACAUCAAUGUCCACCGUCCUCAAGAUUAUUGGAACUACGAAGCUCUCACCGUCCAGUGGGGUGACCAAGAUGACUACGAGGUUGUCCGGAAAGUAGGAAGGGGAAAAUACAGUGAGGUUUUUGAAGGUAUAAAUGUUACAAACAAUGAAAGAUGCAUCAUCAAAAUCCUUAAACCGGUGAAAAAGAAAAAGAUCAAGAGGGAGAUCCAGAUACUCCAAAAUCUAUGUGGUGGUCCCAAUGUUGUAAAGUUGCUUGACAUAGUCAGAGAUCAGCACUCGAAAACACCCAGUUUGAUUUUUGAGUACGUGAACAGCACCGAUUUUAAAGUCUUGUACCCAACGCUGACAGAUUAUGACAUACGUUAUUACAUAUAUGAGCUUCUCAAGGCAUUAGAUUAUUGCCACUCACAGGGAAUAAUGCAUCGGGAUGUCAAGCCUCACAAUGUUAUGAUUGAUCAUGAUCUAAGGAAACUUCGACUGAUCGAUUGGGGUCUUGCUGAAUUCUACCAUCCUGGCAAAGAAUACAAUAUCAGAGUGGCUUCAAGGUACUUUAAGGGACCAGAACUACUUGUGGAUUUGCAAGACUAUGACUAUUCUUUGGAUAUCUGGAGCCUGGGUUGUAUGUUUGCUGGGAUGAUCUUUCGAAAGGAGCCGUUCUUUUAUGGUCAUGAUAACCACGAUCAGCUUGUGAAAAUUGCCAAGGUUCUUGGUACGGAUGAGCUGAAUGCUUAUUUGACCAAAUAUCAUUUAGAAUUGGAUCCGCAGUUUGAUACUCUUAUUGGAAGGCACAGCAGGAAGCCCUGGUCCAGGUUUAUUAAUGCUGACAAUCAGCAUCUAGUUUCCCCUGAGGCCAUUGAUUUUCUUGACAAGCUUCUUCGUUAUGAUCAUCAAGAUAGGCUUACAGCAAAAGAAGCAAUGGCUCAUCCAUACUUCUUCCAAGUGAGGGCUGCUGAAAAUAGUAGGAUGAGGACACAGUAGACUGACACUUGCUUAUGAAUGAACUAGCGUGUUGUACUCUUUUUUUUUUUUUUUUUUUUGAGGAAAUAUUUACUGUGCAGGAAGGACCAUAAGCUUCAUAAUGGGUUUAAAAAUGUUUUAUGUUGUCUCGACAUUCUUCCAGCACGCUUAUCCUUCAGACACUGUAAAUUUCUAGUGCAAAUACAAGACCAAGUCUUUCAGGUGUGGGUAAAAUUAAAAAUACAUGGUGUUUCUUGCACUAA